AUGUGGACGCGUUACGCGAGUGCGUGGCUUCUGCUGGGCAGUGACUUGAGCUGUCGCAACUUGCUCUUCGAGACCCAUUGGUUCAAUGCCGAGAGUAGCCAGCGCUCGCUGCGGGAGACACCGGCGCGGGCAAGCAAUCUGGAACUUUGCCCGGCAUACAACGGCCAGGUGACGUGCUGUCAGAGUGGCUUGGAACAUGAGCAAGCGCUGCACUUCGCCUACUGGAAGCAGAUCUUCAAAGGCAAGAUCGCUCGGGUGAAGCUGGCGAAGGAGGCCACCCUGGAGGUCAAGGACGAUCCUGCCUUCCGGGCCGCCAGCGAGGAGGACCGGAGGCAGUUUCAGGUGGCCAUCCAAAAGUACGAGAAGGUCCUUGAUCCUGCUGCGGGACAUGGCCGCUGCAUGUCCUCCCUCCUGCUCUACACCGCUGGCAUGAUUUGCUUUGCGUGUGAUGCGCACUGGAAGCAGGAGGUCCACAUUGAGAAGGAGAAACUCUUGAGGGUUCUCAUUCCAGAGGGCAACUGCGUGGAGCUUUGGACCGAGUGUCAAGACUUUGGCCGUGAAGCCCGAGAGCUCUUCGAGGCCAUCUUGGACUCGUCGUUGGCGAUACGCUCUCGAUGGCCCUUGGAGUAUUUGCACAUGUUCGAGGAUCAGCAACAGCUCUGUGAUUGGACGCAUGAUGUGAUUGCGAUGCAUCCCUUCAUCCGUCCCGGGGAGUUGGAGCGUGAGGCCACGCCGCCCAUCAAGGCGCACCGGCGCCUGGCCAACGGCACGGGCGAGCCGAUGCGGGAGUACGAUGUCUUCCAGGAGGGCCGGCGGUCGACCUUUGAGACCUCUUGGGACAUGGGUCCAAACUACAGCGGCUCUGCAGGCCUUGCACCUGGCUGCGUCCAUGCGGUGGUCCUCGUUUGGCUGUUUCGCUUGCGCCUGUGUGGCUGCGCUUGGAGCUGGAGAAUCUGA